CGUGGAAGAAAAGCCUCCCAUAAAAAUCUUUCUUUCAGUUCAAGCGACCCACGACGUCAUUUCUGGCAAGAAAACAAAAGAGAGAGAGAAAAAAAAAAAAGAGCUAAAUAACGGAAAAGGAUACCAGAGAAAGAAAGAGUGGAGGGGAGAAGGAUGGAGACAGAGACAUACCACCUUCUCCGGUGACUCUCACGAAGGAGGCAGAGUUUCUCACGUACGGCCGGGCUGGAUGAGUGUUUUCUUCAAGAGAGAAAAAAACAGAAACGACAAAUCAACAAAAAGGGCACAACCAAGAAUUGAAAGAGGCAAGCACCAUGAACAACAAACGUCGGUAAACAAACAUUAAUGGGUCCAUAUAUAGGGAAAGAAAACGAGGAGGCCAUGGAAGCCUUCCAAACUUGAAUUUCUUUGGAAUUGAGUGGGUGAUUUUGUUGUCGAUUCCAGUAUAUUUGCUCAUUCAAUCGAACGGGAAGCUCCAAGAGUGUGUGACUCCUAUUUAUAUAUAUCAAACACUAGAGGAUAAUCAAGUUUGAAGAUUUUUAAGGUUAAAGAGAAUCAAAUGGGUGUGUGUAAUGAAGAAAAAUGGAUAGGGCAUUAUAGCAACUCUCAUAAAAUACUGCUUGUGGGUGAGGGGAAUUUCUCUUUUGCUGUAUGCUUAGCAAAAACAUUUGGCACUGCUGAGAACAUGAUUGCCACCUCUUUUGAUUCCGAAGAGUUAUUGACGAAUGCGUAUACGAAUGCCAAUACCAAUUUGAAAGAACUGAAGAAGCGGAGAUGCACUGUUUUACAUCAUGUGGAUGCCCAUACUAUGCACCAACACCCUCACCUUCGUUCGAAAUUGUUCGACAGGAUAGUCUUCAAUUUUCCUCAUGCUGGUUUCAUUUGGAAGGAAUGUCAGAAGCCUCAAAUAGAGUAAACUUUCUAACUUUUUGAAAAUGUUUAUGAUAAUGGCCGGGCACUUAUCAGAGUUCACCGGAAAAAAAAAGAAUGGAGAAGUUCACAUUACCCACAAGACGACUUACCCUUUCAGUAAGUGGGAGAUAGUGGAGUUGGCAGAGGAGAUUGGGCUGUGUUUGGUUGAGAAAGUGCCAUUUGCAAUAAGGUACUAUCCAGGUUACGUUAAUAUGAGAGGAUCUGGGGCUCAAAUCAACCAGACAUUCCCUCUAGGAGAAUGCAGUACUUUCAAAUUCGCCCAUAACAUAUUAUUUUAUAGCAGCUUGAUUGAUGCUCUGUGUAAUGCUGGAAAACUUACCAUUGCAAGAGAAAUGUUUAGUAGUCUUCCUACGAAAGGCUUGCAACCUAAUGUUCAGACUUACAAUAUAAUGAUCAGUGGGUUUUGCAAAGAGGGACUACUAAAUGAGGCGAGAAAGCUAUUUGAGAAAAUGGACAUGAACGGUUGUUCACCUAACCAUUUCACAUAUAACAUAAUCAUCCGAGGCUUCUUGCAACAAAAUGAGAUAUCAUGGGCAAUGAAAUAUUUUCAGAUGAUGGUUGACAAGGGUUUCUCAGCAAAUGCGACCACUAAAACCAUUUGGAUUGACUUGUUGUCUGCUAAAAAGGCUGAACAAGCUGCAAGAGAUUGGCAGAGUAAACAAGACAAGUACGCAAAAAUGCAGUGGAAGAAAGAUGAGGAGCGUGAGGCAAAGGAACGUAUGCUGGCUGAACAAGUUACAAGAGAUUGGCAAAGUAAACAAGACAAGUAUGCAGAAAUGCAGAGGAAGAGUGAGGAGCGUGAGGCAAAGAAACGUAUGAUGGUUGAACAAGCUGCAAGAGAUUGGCAGAGUAAACAUAACAAGUAUUUAGAAAUGCAGAGGAGGAAGGAUGAGGAGCGUGAGGCAAAGGAGUGUAUGCUGGCUGAACAAGCUACAAGAGAUUGGCAGAGUAAACAAGACAAGUAUGCAGAAAUGCAGAGGAGGAAGGAUGAGGAGCGUGAGGCAAAGGAGCGUAUAUUGGCUGAACAAGCUGCAAGAGAUUGGCAGAGUAAACAUGUACAAGACAAGUAUGCAGAAAUGCGGAGGAGGAAGGAUGAAGAGCAUGAGGCAAAGGAGCGUAUGCUGAAGGAAGAAGCAUUAAAGACUCGGACAACUAGGGAGGAGAAAGCUGCUGCAUUAGAGCUUGAGAAGAGGAAGGGAGGUUUUGUGGAGUACAUAAAGAUCUGUAUGAUAGUUUCUUUUGGGUUCAUCACAGCCACAAGGCUCAAUCCAUUUGCCUCAGGAUGAAGAUGAACUACGGCCACGUAAUCGAAGAUCAAAGCAGGCAAUAAAUUUUGUCGUUGUUGUGUCAGCUUUUUGUG